AUGGCCUACUUGGGCGCGUUAACUUCAACCUUCUAUUCACAGACAGAAACGAAAGUAGAGGGUGCAGACAGAUGGUACGGUCAGUCGAUCUUCCUGGCCACAUGCCUCAUCAUUGCACAAACCAGCGCGGAAACCAAGAAAAGAUCACCAUCGGGCUACGGCCAUAUUCCAGUACGGCAUACUUACUCCGAAUACAAUAAUAGAGUUGCCAUCCCUGUCCCGCAACCCGUACCAGUCAGCGUACCACGACCUGUGCCCGUACCGGUUCACGUUGGAGUACCAGUAGAUAGUCCACGCCCCGUCCCAGUGGCUGUACCUCAACCUGUACCGCAUCUCAUCACUAGACCUAUAGCCGUGCCAGUUGACCGAGCAGUUCCAAUAUCGGUACCGCAGCCUGUUCCAGUGACAGUCACGCAAGGAGUUGGUAUACCUGUACCUCAACCUUAUGCUGUCAGUGUUCCUGCACCUGUGCCUGUAAGAGUUCCUGUGCCAGUGGCAACGCAAGCGGUUUCCAUUGGCUCAAUAGGAUCUGGUCUUGCUAUUGGUGGGCUUGGAGGACUCGGCAUUGGUGGAUAUGGUUACGGAGGGAUUGGUGGAAUCAGUGGCAUUGGAGGCAUCAGUGGUAUCGGAGGGAUCAGUGGCAUUGGAGGCUAUUAUUCUGGAGCUCCUAUAGUAUCAUCUAAGAUUGGUUCUAUUGGCCAUUCGGUUAUCGGUGGCACAUCAAUUGGUUCAGGUUAUGGAGGUGGAUUAUUGCAUCACGGCGGCCACUCAUUAUACCAUCACGGGUAUUAA